AUGCCUAAUACAGCGGAAUUGGAUCGGUGGCGGGUAGCGUGGAGGCAAGAGCUAGGGCGGCAGGGCUGCGAGGGAGGCAAGGUCGGCGCGCGCGGGCGGCGCGGUGCGGCGCGUGAAUGGGCGGCGGCGCGGCUGCGCGGCCCGGUGCCUCCGCCAGUCCGCACACCGGCGGCCCCGCUGCCCCACGGUCGGCCGCACUCCGCUGAACAACAAUGCCCGAAAAAGCGCCGUGACUCGACAGACCCAGCGGCGGCCCAGUCGGCGAUGGUAGAGAGGACGGCACGCGUGGCCGCCGGUCGAACGGUCGCGGGCGAGUUG